CCCCCGUCGGGGAGAGAGAACGCGCGCAAAUACGCAGAAGAGAGCAGUAGCAAAUCGCAGCGCCGCAGGAGCCAAAGGCGGAGGCGGGGGGCAAGAAAGAAAAGGCAGCGACUCACCCACAACUGGCUUCCCGUUACGCCUUUCCCCAGCCACAUUCUUGCAGAUCCGGCAUGGAAUCGGUACUACUGGAACACUUCCCUGCUGGCCUGGACUCCUUCUCCUCAGAAUCUUAUUUUGACGAUGAGGAAUUUUUCACCGAUCAGUCUUCCCGCGACCCUCUGGAAGGUGACGAACUCCUGGAGGCCGAGGUGGGCUUCCUGAGCCCGCCGUUCCACGAGUGUUACCGCAGCGACGGGGCUGGCGGUGGCUCAGGAUCUGAAAAUGUGCCGGAAGGCUCUCUGUGCUGUGAAGCGGAUCCAGGUAGCUUCUCGAUGCCCUUUUCCUCGCCGUCGUCGACCAGUUUCACCUAUGAGUGCUGUGAACUGGCGGCGUCGCCCAGGGGCAGCCUCAAGUCUUUGAGUGCGGCGGCGGCGGCGGCAGCAGCAGCGCGGCGGCGGCGGCGGGUGCGCUCCGAGGCCGAGUUGCAGCAACUGAGGCAGGCGGCUAAUGUGCGCGAGCGGCGGCGGAUGCAGUCCAUCAACGACGCCUUCGAGGGGCUGCGCUCUCAUAUCCCCACGCUGCCUUACGAGAAGCGUCUCUCCAAGGUAGACACUCUGCGCCUGGCCAUCGGCUACAUCAAUUUCCUCAGCGAGCUGGUCCAAUCCGACUUACCACUGCGCAGCGCUGGCAGCCAGAGCCCAUGCCAGCCCAAGAAGGUUAUCAUCUGCCACCGGGGCACAAGAUCACCUUCUCCAAGUGACCCAGAUUACGGACUUCCUCCUCUUGCUGGGCAUUCACUCUCUUGGACUGAUGAAAAACAACUCAAGGAACAAAACAUUAUUAGAACUGCUAAAGUCUGGACUCCAGAAGACCCCAGGAAGUUAAACAGCAAAUCAUCUGUGAACAACAUUGAAAAUGAGCCCCCUUUUGAUUUCAUAUCAUAACAUGAGAACAUUAUUACAUUAAAAAUAUCAAUAUCUUUGCCAGCAUACAGUUGUAUGAGUUCUAGAUUCUGAGCUUGGUUGUUUGUUUGCAGAUAUUUCAGUACCUGAUUAGGUAACAAUGUGAACCUAGUUGAGUAAUGAAACAUCUGCAAGCAAACAACCGAACUUAGCACAAAGAACUCCAAUCCUGAGCUACCUAUACUCUCCGUUAUUGGAACAUUUUUAUUUAAUAACACAUAUUUCCAAAGGUAUUUUACAAUACAAAAAGUAUUCUAAGGGCAAUCACCUUUUUUCCUAUUUAUUAUUAACAGCUGGGGGAAUGGAGCUAUCUUUUUUGAAUGUAUAAUUUAUAUAAUUUAUCCUAAUGUUAAAAUAUGCAAUACUUGUAGAUUCAUUCACCAGCACCUUUGGCAAAAUUGCUUUGUUAGAAAGGAAAAUACUUCCCAAGAAAUGUGAACAUAAUAUAUUAUCAUGUUGAAUAUGUUAAUUAUAUUAAAAUAUUAGUAAACUUCAAUUAAAAUGAAUUUAUUUGGAGGAGGAUCUGUUCUCAGGUAGAACUUUGGAUUAAAUUGUUUAUAAAAUACAGGAUGUUUCUACGGAUACAGGAGAUGUCUUGAUGUAGGAUUCAGCAAAUAAACUGUGUGCUAAUAAAUUUAUUCAGUUAAUAAAUUUGUUAUUUAAAGACCA